AUGGAUACCUGGCUUCGCUUCCUUAGCUGCCCGGCUUUAUCCCCUCACCAAAAUGAGGCCCCCUAUGAAUGGGGGAAGGAACAACAAGAGGCUUUUGAUAGAAUAAAGCGGGCACUGCUUUCAGCCCCCACCUUGGCCUUACCAGAUCUAAAAAAAUCCUUCACCCUGUACUUGGAAGAAAGGAACGAGGUGGCACGAGGAGUACUGACCCAAUCCUUGGGCCCCUGGAAGCGCCCCAUAGCCUAUCUAUCCAAAAGAUUGGAUCCUGUUGCUGGCGGGUGGCCAAAAUGCCUGAAAGUCAUAGCCGCCGCAGCUUUACUUGUCAGGGAUGCUGACAAAUGGACUUUGGGACAGAAAAUCACUCUUAUUGCCCCUCACACUUUGGAAAGUGUGAUCCGGCAACCCCCAGACCGCUGGCUCUCCAAUGCUCGCAUAACCCACUAUCAGAGCCUCCUGUUAGACAAAGACCGCAUCUCUUUGGGCAAUCCUGUGCUCCUUAAUCCCGCCACCCUGCUGCCAGAGGAGACGGAUGAUCCAGUAAUCCAUUCCUGCCAGGAUAUCCUGGCUGAAGAAACAGGCAGGAGGCCAGACCUCAAGGACAGACCCCUGCCCCAUGCUGAUGUAAAUUUAUUCACGGACGGGAGCAGCUUCCUACAACAAGGGGAGCAACAGGCAGGGGCAACAAUAGUUGGGCCUCAAGCUGUGGUUUGGUCAGCACCCUUAACUCCUGGAACUUCUGCUCAGAAAGCAGAACCUAUUGCUCUAACCCAAGCCUUGCACCUGGCGACGGGCCAGCGGGCUAAUAUCUACACAGACAGCCGCUAUGCCUUUGCCACUGCUCAUGUACAUGGUGCCAUCUACCGGCAGCGGGGGCUUCUCACCUCCGCUGGAAAAGAAAUCAAGAACAAACGGGAGAUUAUAGAUCUCCUUGAGGAGAUCCACCUCCCAAAGGAGAUAGCCAUCAUACACUGCCCUGGACAUCAAAAAGCUGAAGACCCAGUUGCCCAGGGCAACCGUCGCACAGACGAAGAAGCAAGAUCGGCCGCCCUGCGUGACCCCCCGGUAGCAAACAUCCUGACUACAUUGGAAGAAGUCACUGAGCUGGAGACCCCAAAAGAAAAGGUAAAUGAAUUUUUACUUUUCACCCACCGCCUCACCCAUCUAGGCACCAGAGUGCUGCUGGAAUUAUUAAAGGACCAAAAUCUACCGUCCCUACCUCCGGGAUGGGUUGAGGCCUUCCCCACCAAAAAGGAGGCGGCCAUAAUCGUGGCCAAAAAGAUCCUAGAGGAGAUCUUUCCCCGAUUUAAGCUGCCUAAGGUAAUGGGAUCUAAUAAUGGACCUGCAUUCGUGGCCCAGGUGAUUGGGUCUACGUCCACCGACACCAGGUUUGGUGACUGCAAGAAUCUUCCUGUACUUCGAGAUGGGACAAAACACAUCAACUCCCCUGUCUCUAACCCUAGCCCAUUGGACAAGAACGUCAUCUACCGGCCCCGACCCAAAGGACACCCGAACCAAGAGCCCUACAUCUUGGUGUGGCAGGAUCUCUGCAAAAACCCUCCUUUCUCUGAGGACCCUGCCCGCAUAACAGAUCUAAUUACCUCUCUAAGGAACUCCCAUCAGCCUACAUGGGACAACUGCCAACAGCUGCUCUCAGUCCUCCUCACCUCUGAGGAAAAGGAGAAUAUCCUCCUGAAUGCCCGAAAGAAUGUGCCUGGCCCCGGCGGGCAACCUACCCAGCUUCCUAAUCUGAUUGAUGAAUAUUCACCUCUGACGCGCGCUGACUGGGAUCCUAAUCUGCCUGAAGGUCGAUACUGGAGCUGUUUAUUCAGUCUUGCAGCAGGCCCUAGGGCCCCUCUCAUCCCAACGGGCCCUUGUCAGGGGGCAAACGGGAGCAGGUACCGCCCCUGGACCACCCAGCGGACAAUGGAUUUAGGGAACGGAAGGGUGCACCACUCCUUUUCGGUGCUCCCUGACUGCCCUGCCCCCCUGUUGGGGAAAGACUUGCUAACCAAAUUGCGACCCAGAAUUACCUUCACUGAUUCCGGGCCUUUGAUGGAUUUUCUUAACCCCAUCGUGGCCUACGCGUUCGGUCUAGAAGAUGAAUACAAGCUAUUUGAAGGGCCCAACCCUCCCGACCACCUCCCGGAUCUAAAAAAAUUAAAAAAAUGGCUACAGGACUUCCCUGAGGCUUGGGCUAAAACCGUGGGCUUGAGCUUAGCAACCGCCCGACCCCCUGUAGUGAUGACACUUCAGACUUCCGCCACCCCUAUCUAGGUAAGGCAAUACCCAAUGAAUAAGGAAGCUCGAGAGGGCAUCCGCCCUCACAUUAUCAAGCUCCUUCGACAGGGAGUCUUAGUGCCUUGCCAGUGGGCCUGGAACUCUCCCUUGCUCCCUGUAAAGAAACCUGGAACUAAUGACUAUCGCCCUGUCCAAGACCUAAGAGAAAUGAAUGCUCGGGUGGAGGUAAUACACCCUACAGUGCCAAACCCAUAUAAUCUCCUCAGCAUGCUAAGUCCCUCCCGAGUCUGAUACACUGUGUUAGAUUUAAAGGAUGCCUUCUUCUGUUUACGGCUGCAUCCUGACAGCCAGCACCUCUUUGCCUUUGAGUGGAUCAACGCUGAUCCUGGAAUUUCGGGUCAACUCACCUGGACACGGCUUCCCCAGGGUUUUAGAAAUUCUCCCACCCUGUUUGAUGAAGCCUUGCGUAAGGACUUGAAAUCCUUCCGGGAGACACAUCCCACUUUGACUUUGCAAUAUGUGGAUGACCUCCUCCUGCUGGCUGCUGAGAGCCAGCAGGAAUGUCUCCAUGGGACUAAGGCCCUAUUAAGAACUCUGGCUACCCUGGGAUAUCGAGCCUCUGCCAAAAAGGCUCAACUCUGCCAGUUAGAAAUGACAUUUCUAGGCUAUAAGAUCAAGGAAGGUAAACGGUGGCUCACGGACACAAGGAAAAAGACUGUUACUCAAACACCGCCUCCUCAGACUAGAAGGCAACUAAGGGAAUUCCUAGGGACGGCAGGCUUCUGUUGCUUAUGGAUACCUGGCUUCGCUUCCUUAGCUGCCCGGCUUUAUCCCCUCACCAAAAAUGAGGCCCCCUAUGAAUGGGGGAAGGAACAACAAGAGGCUUUUGAUAGAAUAAAGCGGGCACUGCUUUCAGCCCCCACCUUGGCCUUACCAGAUCUAAAAAAAUCCUUCACCCUGUACUUGGAAGAAAGGAACGAGGUGGCACGAGGAGUACUGACCCAAUCCUUGGGCCCCUGGAAGCGCCCCAUAGCCUAUCUAUCCAAAAGAUUGGAUCCUGUUGCUGGCGGGUGGCCAAAAUGCCUGAAAGUCAUAGCCGCCGCAGCUUUACUUGUCAGGGAUGCUGACAAAUGGACUUUGGGACAGAAAAUCACUCUUAUUGCCCCUCACACUUUGGAAAGUGUGAUCCGGCAACCCCCAGACCGCUGGCUCUCCAAUGCUCGCAUAACCCACUAUCAGAGCCUCCUGUUAGACAAAGACCGCAUCUCUUUGGGCAAUCCUGUGCUCCUUAAUCCCGCCACCCUGCUGCCAGAGGAGACGGAUGAUCCAGUAAUCCAUUCCUGCCAGGAUAUCCUGGCUGAAGAAACAGGCAGGAGGCCAGACCUCAAGGACAGACCCCUGCCCCAUGCUGAUGUAAAUUUAUUCACGGACGGGAGCAGCUUCCUACAACAAGGGGAGCAACAGGCAGGGGCAACAAUAGUUGGGCCUCAAGCUGUGGUUUGGUCAGCACCCUUAACUCCUGGAACUUCUGCUCAGAAAGCAGAACCUAUUGCUCUAACCCAAGCCUUGCACCUGGCGACGGGCCAGCGGGCUAAUAUCUACACAGACAGCCGCUAUGCCUUUGCCACUGCUCAUGUACAUGGUGCCAUCUACCGGCAGCGGGGGCUUCUCACCUCCGCUGGAAAAGAAAUCAAGAACAAACGGGAGAUUAUAGAUCUCCUUGAGGAGAUCCACCUCCCAAAGGAGAUAGCCAUCAUACACUGCCCUGGACAUCAAAAAGCUGAAGACCCAGUUGCCCAGGGCAACCGUCGCACAGACGAAGAAGCAAGAUCGGCCGCCCUGCGUGACCCCCCGGUAGCAAACAUCCUGACUACAUUGGAAGAAGUCACUGAGCUGGAGACCCCAAAAGAAAAGGUAAAUGAAUUUUUACUUUUCACCCACCGCCUCACCCAUCUAGGCACCAGAGUGCUGCUGGAAUUAUUAAAGGACCAAAAUCUACCGUCCCUACCUCCGGGUAGGACAAAGGACCUGGAUCAAGACAUUGUUUCCUCCUGCGAAGCCUGCACAGUGACAAACGUGCAACAAGCAGACGGCUCCGCCGGAACCAGGGACCAGGGAAACCGGCCUAGAAUCUUCUAGGAAGCAGACUUCACCGAAGUAACACCAGCAACAUAUGGAAAGAAGUACCUGCUAGUCUUUAUAGACACUUUUUCAGGAUGGGUUGAGGCCUUCCCCACCAAAAAGGAGGCGGCCAUAAUCGUGGCCAAAAAGAUCCUAGAGGAGAUCUUUCCCCGAUUUAAGCUGCCUAAGGUAAUGGGAUCUAAUAAUGGACCUGCAUUCGUGGCCCAGGUAAGUCAGGGAUUGGCCAGGGUCUUGGGGUUUAAUUGGAAAUUACAUUGUGGAUAUAGACCCCAGAGCUCAGGACAGAUAGAAAGGAUAAGUAGAACUAUAAAAGAGACCUUAACCAAAUUAGCUAUAGAGACUGGCUUGAAAGAUUAGACGGUGCUCCUUCCUUAUGCCCUCUUCCGUGCGCGUAAUACCCCUCCCCCCUCUAGGAGGAACCUGACCCCAUUUGAAAUCCUCUAUGGGGGACUCCCUCCUUUAAAACACACGACUGAACAUGGAUAUGGGACAUCUGUUACUUCCUCUGCCAUGCUGAUACCCAGACUUAAGGCUCUGGAGGCCAUCCAGAAAUAUAUCUGGAAGGGCCUAUCAGAGGCCUACCGACCGGGUACUGUUACUCCCCACUCUUAUUCUGUAGGUGAUUGGGUCUACGUCCACCGACACCAGGUACGCAACCUUGAGCCUCGAUGGAAGGGACCCUACUUGAUCCUGCUGACCACGCCAACUGCUGUCAAGGUUGACGGCAUCGCGGCCUAGAUCCAUGCUAACGGGACCCAUACUUAUUCUCCUCCUGCUUUUGACUCUAGGACCCUAUAUUUUAAAUAA